UACAGUCAGCAGAUGGUUGCCGGUUGUGUUUCAGAAUUUCCUUCGUUCAAACACAGGCCCAGUAGCCUCACACGCCACGGCCCGAUCGAAUCAGGUCCAUCGGAAAGCGGGACGUGACUUUACAGUCAAUAUUCCUACAACAAGAGACAGAACUAUCCAUUUUUCCAAUCCAUUGCUCCACGCAUCCUACACUGAAUUGAGGUCGACGUUGGCGGGAAGCAUGUUUCGUACAUUGAAAAGACCGACAGCGAUACUGCUUCGGAAGCGAUCGGUGAAGAAUCCGCUACGAACGCUGGUACACGGCAUGGCGACCGACACUACGAAAAGCAGUAGUGACAAAAAGCCCACGAACAAGGACGGGGACGUUGCUGGGAAAAGGGUGUCCGCACUCGUGGAACCCGUAGAGAGUGUGUACGUCCAUCCUCUGUCACAGAUUGCUCUCCUGUACAUGCAAUCCGACUGUCACGAUUGGAUCGUCCGGAACGGCCUGGACACGCAACUCCAGUUGCAUCGGGAUGGCACCUUUGUACUGGAAUUUCCACAAUCCGAUGCAGCGGAAACAACGACAACCGAUGCCACUACUACUAGUACUACUGCACCACCACCCACGCCAACAGCCCCACGCAUCUGGACAAGUUACGAUCCGGUGGACAAAAAACACUGGUUGAGCUAUCAACUAGACAACGCGCACCACCGAAUCAUGUUGCAGGAUAAUCUCAUGCCAGCGUGGCAAGGUCGCAAAAAAUCAUUGCCGGAGCGCAUUCAAGCCGCGGUGCAGGAACUCGUGGAAGCGGUGGACGCUACCCAAAUUAACAGAAGCCAACGUACAUAGGUGUGCACAAAAUAAACCGAUACAUCAUCUCUUUUCGCCUCUAGUUU